UUCCAGCGGAAGGCUCAGGCUGUCAUACGAGGUGCGUGUCUGCUCCUUCAGUAAUAAAACAGAGCGGUAGAGAAAAUAAAUAAAGAAGGAACGUCAAGGAGGAGAGAAGGUGGAUUUUCGAUGAAACAGCUCCUCUUUCCUAGUUCAUGUGGUUUUGCAUUGGCAUGUCUAAUGGUCUCCAGGCUAGGACUGUUCAUCUGAGAAAGGAACUUUAGAAGACAAGAGCAGACACUUGAGGUGACAGAAGAGUUUUCCACAUACCAUGGCCUCAGCCAAUGACAAUGGUAUGGAUGAAAGACCGGCACAAAAGAAUUAUGACAACUGUGACUGGGCUGUUUUAGCAGAUUGUUCUGUGAAGUCAGAGGAUCAUGAAGUAAGAAUUUCAGUUUUUAAGGAGGAGGAGGAGUCUGAGGGGGAAAUUAUUGAGGUUACAGUUGAGGAUUCAGACGAUUCAUCAGAUGGCCCUGAACUGCAACAACAUGAAACUGGAAAUAUUUUCAUGCAAGAUAUUUGCGGAGAGUUUCGUUCCAGUUUGCAGUCACAUUUUACUAAUACAGGACAACUGGCUACCCAGCAGAAUUCUAAGGAACUGAAAUCUGACUUUGAAGAGAAAACCAAUGAAGGGAAUGGAAAAGAAGGAGAAGAGCAGCAGGCUUCUAGAAGUGAGAGAAUAAAUUCACAGGACAAUUCCAGUUUCUCACAGUCUUCAUCUGCUCAGAGUUCUCUUCAGUGCAGACAGCAGUACAAAAAGGAGAAGAUGAAGAAAACAACAAGAGAAUCAGAGAAUUUGACAUCAGCCACAUUUCAUUGCAGGUCUCUUCCUGUGAGAGAAGCCAACAACGCUAACCAACAACAAGAGUGUAACACAGAUGAAGCGGCUUUGUGUACUGGCCAAGAGGGUGGACAAACUGUUAAAAACAAAUCUGAUGGUAGAAAUCUCAAGUCGACUCAUACAAAACCAAAGCACUAUUACUGUUCUGAGUGUGGCAAACAAUUCCUCCAUAAGAGCAGCCUUCCAGCACAUAUAAGAAAACACACUGGAGAAAAACCUCAUUGCUGCUCUGAAUGUGGCAAACGAUUUUAUGACAGUUACAAGCUACAAAGACACACAAGAAUCCACACUGGAGAAAAGCCUUAUGGCUGUGCUGAAUGUGGGAAAAGAUUCAUCCAAAGUAGCCAUCUUCAGGCACACACAAGAAUUCAUACAGGAGAAAAACCUCAUUGCUGCUCUGAAUGUGGAAAAAGAUUUUCUGACCGUUACACUCUCCAAACACACACAAGGAUCCACACUGGAGAAAAGCCAUAUAGAUGUACAGAAUGUGGGAAAUUGUUCAUUAAAAGUAGCCACCUUCAGAGACACAAAAGAGUUCAUACUGGAGAAAAGCCAUAUGUCUGUUCAGAAUGUGGAAAAAGGUUCUCUGACAGUAGCAGUCUUCGUCUGCACACACGAAUUCAUGCUGGAGAGAAGCCGUUUUCCUGUCCUAAAUGUGGAAAAAGAUUCCUCCAAAAUUGCGGCCUUCAGGCACACAUAAGAGUUCACACUGGAGAAAAACCUUAUUGUUGCUCUGAAUGUGGUAAGCAAUUUUCUGACAGACGUAGUCUUCGACGACAUACAAGAAUCCACACAGGAGAAAAAAGUGGCUAAAUGUGGCAAACAAUUCACUGACAGUAGCCAUUUUCAGAGACACCCAAGUUUAUCCUGGAGUUCAUUGCUGAAGCAAAACAUCAAAUCGUGCCAGUUGUGCUGGGAUCAGUAAGACUAAUAAAGAGAAACUUUCCGGCCCAUCUUGACAUCCUGCAUUAACUCCAUCUGAACUGCAGAAGAAAGCAUAAUUUGGAACAAUACAGGUUCUAUCCACAGUCCUCACUGCAAACUUAAGUGAGUAAGAAAUAAUACAGUUAAACAACAGUAUUCAGACUAAUCCAUAAAAUAUGGAGAAAUUAGACUUAAGAGAAACUCUAUUCUGAAUCUGGCAAAAGAUUCUCUCAUACCAACAGUCUUCAGAAUCACGUACGAAUCCAUGCUGUUCUGCAGUUGUGAAUAUGACAGAUGAUUUUCUCAUAACUGCAGCAUUCACAAUCAUUCCAAAAAAUUCACACUGAAGAAAAACAUUACUACUGCUUUAAAUGUGAUAAAGGAUUGUUACUUUUACAAAAUUUCCAUGGGCACUUAAGAAUCUACAGUGAAGCCUCAUUGUUAAACUUAAUGUGGCAAACGAUUCUUAAAACAGUAGUGACCUUCAUAAUAGUUAAAUAAUUCACACUGGUAAGACGUUUCAUGGCUAGUUGGGAUGUGGCCAGCAUUGACAAGUGACACUUCACACUGUAGAAGUCCUGAAGGAGUAAACUUGAGUGUGAAGAAUGAAAGAACAGAGAGAUAACUAAAAUGUAACUGUCCUCACUACUCAAGUCUCAGAGCUCUGUACAGGUAUAAAGUUAAUGACUGAAUUAAUUAUAAUCCUAAUGAGCAUGAGUGACUAUCUGAUUCAAUUUCAAGCUGUUCCUACAGAUGUGCGGUAGCCGGAAUGUUCUUUAAUUUCAUUAUUUAAAAAGGGACUUGUUCAAAUAUAAAGGAUGAGUCAACACUUAUUAACAUGAUUAAUACAUUAGAGGAAAUGGUGGAUACGAAUCACAGAAAGAAAACAUGAGCGAAUAACUGCUAAACAUAAAGACCUGGAGAAACCUACUGAGUUAUGGAAAACAGGUGUGUCACCUAAGGAACGAUCCAGCAAUGUUAUUGAAUGCCUUUUGUUUUUAUUGUGAUAUAGUGCACGUUAUUAUAGGGUUGGUGUGGUGGGCGUUUGCAGUCAAACCCUGUUAAAUUUUCUUUAUUGUUGUCUAUUUCACUAGAAGGGUACUCUUCUCAAGCUGAGGUGCUGCCCUGAAUUUAUGAACUCUUAUAAAAGAAAAGUAUUUCACUCCAAUGUCCCCUAACGACAAGCCUCACAUAGUGUCUAUUGAUGAAAAACCUUUAGGGUGGGCAAGCUACAACAUAUACCAACCCCUUUAUGUCUAAAGAAAGUGAUGUUACCUUCUGAAAUGAUGACCUUUGUGAUAUUUGUAAUAUCUAGUCCUCAGCCCUUUAUAGUAUUUGGAUGCCCCUUGUCUGGAGAAGCACAACCCAGUAAUCAACUGGAAAACUAAAGAUACAAGGCGAUGGAGUUGUCACUGCUUAUCAUCCUGCCUUAAAAGUAUAAAGCCAGCUUGAGUUGGAUUCUAUAAACGUUUCACCACAAGACCAUGAAGAUGUUUCAGAUGUGUUCAAUGAGUAAAGCGCUAAUGAACUUCCUCUGCAGAGAUCUUAUGACUGUGCUAUUGAUCUUCUUCUCUCUGGGACUCUGUUACCUAAAGGAAAUGUUUAAACAUUCUUACUCAUUUGGAAACUCAAGUGAUGUGAUGUUAAUAUUCAGAAAAUCUUAACUAAUGGCUUUAUUGAACUAUCUAAUAGUCCUAGUUUUUUUUU